UACCUACACUAAUAGUCAUCUGUGAUUGUCUAUUCAUUUGUUGGCAAGAUAUCAAAACUAUUCAUUUGUUAAACUAUACUAUUAUUAAGUUCGUUAAAAUUUUUUGAAUAAUUUUAAAUACGUUUUGAAUAGAUAUUCAAUGGCAUCUUUCAUUUUAAAAAACGUUAAAAUUUUCAGUUGAAAUCCACAUAAGAAAUAAACAAUGGCUGAAGACAUAAAAAAGCUUUAUGUUGUGGGAACUAAAAUCUGGGUGCCAUGUAAAUCAGAAGUAUGGCAAGCUGCUGAGAUUAUAGAAUCUUAUGAUGGACAAAAGUUAGUAAUAAGAAAAACAAAAGAUGGGAUUGAACAAGUUCUUAAAGUUAAUUCAGAAGAAGAGUUGCCACCGCUUCAAAAUCCAGACAUCUUAAUAGGAGAAAAUGACUUAACAUCAUUGUCAUACUUACACGAGCCAGCUAUUUUGUAUAACCUUUAUUGCCGUUUUGUUCAAAGUCGUGCCAUUUACACUUAUUGUGGAAUUGUUCUUGUUGCUAUAAAUCCUUAUCAAGAUCUUGAUAUAUAUGGAAUUGACACAAUGAUGACUUAUAGGGGCCAGACAAUGGGAAGCUUAGACCCACAUGUAUUUGCUGUAGCUGAACAAGCAUUCAAUAAAAUGGAAAUAGAGAAUAAUAACCAGAGUAUUAUUGUAUCUGGUGAAUCGGGAGCUGGUAAAACAGUUUCUGCCAAAUAUGCGAUGAGAUAUUUUGCUACAAUAAGUGGCUCAGAGACUGAAACACAAGUAGAGAAAAAAGUCCUUGCAUCAAGUCCUAUUAUGGAGGCAAUUGGAAAUGCUAAAACUACUAGAAAUGAUAACUCUUCCCGAUUUGGUAAAUAUAUUGAGUUACAUUUUGAUGAUCGUAAUCAUAUUAUUGGUGCUAGUAUGAGAACAUAUCUUCUUGAAAAAAGUCGUGUUGUAUACCAAGCAAGUGAAGAACGAAAUUACCAUAUAUUUUAUCAGUUAUGUUCUGCUCGUCAUUUGUUUCCUCAUUUAAAAUUAGGAAGCUCUGAGGAGUACUUAUACUUAUCCUGCCAAUCUUGUAGUAAGCUUGACGAAGAAAAUUUCAAUGAAACGAUUCAAGCUUUAAAUACAUUAGGAUUUUCUCAAGAAGAUCAAGAUCUUAUGUGGAGGGUUUUAGCAAGUAUUUUGCAUUUAGGAAAUGUACAAAUAACUGAUCGAUCUCAAAGAAGUGCCGGAGAUGGUGAUUCAUGUUUUAUAUUGCAAGAUGAACCUAGCUUACAUAUUUUUUCAUCUUUACUUGAUGUUGAUUCUGGUGAAUUAUUAAAAUGGUUAUGUUACCGAAAAAUUGUUAGUAUGAGAGAAACUUAUGAAAAACCCAUGACUGUUGAAGAGGCAAUUGGAGCCAGAGAUGCAUUAGCCAAACAUAUGUAUGCAUCACUGUUUCAAUGGUUAAUAUCAAUAAUGAACAAAACUAUGUGUGAGACUUCUCCAACUGGAUCAUGUCCUAUUAUUGGUGUAUUGGAUAUUUAUGGUUUUGAAAUGUUUGAAUUAAACAGUUUUGAACAAUUUUGUAUCAAUUAUGCUAACGAAAAACUUCAACAACAAUUUAAUUUGCAUGUAUUCAAAUUAGAGCAAGAGGAAUAUGGUAAAGAAGGAAUUGAGUGGAAAUUCAUAGAUUUUUAUGACAAUCAGCCUUGUAUUGAUCUAAUAGAAUCUAAAUUAGGUAUACUAGAUUUAUUAGAUGAAGAAUGUCGAAUGCCACAAGGUUCUGAUGCAUCAUGGACACAAAAGUUAUAUACAAAAUGUACAAAAUGGGACAGAUUUUCUAAACCUAAAUUUGCCGGUAGUGCAUUUACUAUCAAACACUUUGCUGGAGAUGUUGAAUAUUAUUCUAAUGGUUUUUUGGAUAAAAACAAAGAUACUGUUAUUGAAGAUCAGGUGAAUGUUUUAAGAAAUGGUAAGAAUUCUUUGUUGCGAUCAAUGUUCAUGAUAGAUAAUUCAAAUGAACAUAGAUUAAGUAUACCAGAUCGUAGAUCAGGCGUUCUUAGUACACCAAAAUCAGCUACAAUAGGGCCAACUCCAAAAUCUCGAAUGCUCACUCCUAUGCGACCUAUUUGUGCUACAAUUGGUUCACCAUCACAAACAAAACAAAACAAAAAGACUGUGGGCUCUCAAUUUAGAGAUUCUUUAAAUGCUCUUAUGACAACACUUAAUGAUACAACUCCACAUUAUAUUAGAUGUGUAAAGCCUAAUGACCUUAAAUUACCAUUUGUCUUUGAUCAUCAACGAGCUGUUGAUCAAUUAAGAGCUUGUGGUGUUCUAGAGACAAUACGUAUUAGUGCAGCUGGAUUCCCUUCUCGAUGGUCAUAUAUUGAUUUUUUUUCAAGAUAUCGUAUACUACUUAAAUCUAAUAAAAUUAAUAGAAAUGAUCCAAAAUUAACAUGUCAACGUAUUGUUGAAGAACAAAUUCAAUCCGAAGAUAAUUAUAAAUAUGGAAAUACAAAAAUAUUCUUCAGAGCAGGUCAAGUAGCAUAUUUAGAAAGAAAACGUGGAGAUAAACGAAAAGACUGUAGUAUAACUAUACAAAAAACUUGGCGUAGUUAUAUAUGUCAAAAAAAAUACAAACAAAUUCAACGUAGUGUUUUAUUAAUACAGAGAUAUGGAAGAGGCCUCCUUGGUCGACGUUUAACAGAAAAUCUUCGUCAAAAUCAAGCAGCUAUAAAAAUUCAAAAAGAAAUACGACGAUGGUUAUGUCAAAAAAAAUAUUUACGUGCACAAAGAGCUACUCUUACAAUACAAUGUUAUUAUCGUGGAUAUGUAGCUAGAAAAUUUACACAAAACUUAAGAGAAAAUAUUGCUGCUGUUCAAAUUCAAUCAGUAGUUCGAAUGUGGCUUUGCUAUCGUCACUAUCACAAUACAUUAGAUAAAAUAAUUAAAGUUCAGUGUUGUAUAAGAAGAUGGUUUGCUAGGAAAUGUUUAAAAGCAUUAAAGAAAGAAGCACGGUCUGUAGCUCAUGUAACCAAAUUAAAUAAAGGAUUGGAGAACAAAAUUUAUAUGAUGCAACAAAAGAUUAUUGAACUGAAUAAUCAAAUAUCAACUACAAAAUUAUUAGAAAAUGAACUUCAAGAAGCUAAACAAAAGUUAUCAGAUCAAAAAAGUAUUUCUUUAGAAUUAAUAGCAUUAAAAAAAAAAGUACAGCAUGAUGAAACUAAAUUUAAUACUUUAACUAUGAAAUAUGAAAGUGAAAAGAAGAUAACUGAAGAAAAACUUGAAUUUUACAAGGAAAAAUUGAAAACUGAUGAAAACAGUCUCAUGGAAGCACAAAAAAUUAUUAGUGAUUUAAAGUUAACUCUCUUACAAGCAAAACAAGAUAAUGAAAAAAAAAUUAAUGAAAUCCACGAGAAUUGGAAAAUGAAAUAUGAUGAUGAGAUACUCAAAGCACGACAAGAAACUGAAGCCGAAAAAAGUAAAUAUCAAAAGUUAUUAUCAGAAAAGCGUUUGGUAGAAGAACGAUUAGAAAUAUUAGAAUGUCACUCUAACUCUACAUCUGUUGAACUAAAAUAUAAUGGUUCUGAUCUUAGUAUUUUGCCAUCUAUUCAAGAAAAUGGAUAUAUGAAGGGUGAUUCAAAUGAUGUUAAUGUACAGAAUAUUUAUGGUAAUGAUGAUAUAAAUAAAUUACAAAAAACAUUGAAGGCCACUCAAAUGGAAAGAGAUCUGUUAAAAAAAAAAAUUGAAAAUGACAAACUAUUAAGUGACACUUCUGAUAUAAAUGACGUCUCUCAGUUAAAAGAGCAAAAUUAUAUAUUGCGGCAGAACUUAAACACAUUAAGAGAAGUAACAAAUUCUACUGGCAAUAACAAUUUCCUUGUUGCAGACGAUUUGACUCGCCAAUUAGAAGCAUUGCAAGAUGAGCUUUUUAAUAAAAGAGCAGAAUGUCAAGAACUUCAAAAUCGUUUGGAUGGUACAACUGAGUCAUUACGUAAAAUUGUUGAUUAUGAACGAACAUCUUCAUCAUUAUCCGAAGACAAAGAACUAAAUCAAGCUAUUGAUGCUCAAAAAGCCAUAAAUAGACAUUUAGUCGAAGAAUUACAGUCUGAAAAAAUUAAAUGGAAAGAAGAAAAAGAAAAAAUGUCUUUGCAAUUAUCUAAUCUACUACGAGAAAAUGAAAAGCAACAGGAACUUUUAGCUAUUGAAUAUGAUAAAAAUCCUCAGAGUGAUGCUGUAUUACAAUCUGAUGUUACCAAGUUAAAUUAUGAUAACACGCAAUUAAAACAAAACUAUGAUGAACUACUGCGUAAAUAUGUAUUAUUACGAAAUGAUUUAUUGUUGGGUGCAAAAGAAAACAGUACUAUCAAUUUUGAUAUAACUUUGGGCAGUGAAAAUUUUGCCAAUAGCACAACAAUUUCUACCGAGGAUAGCACUAUAAUUGCUAAAAAGAAAAACCGCACAGAAUAUAUGGGCAUGUUCCAGUGCUCAAUCGAUGAUGAUCCUAUUGUUGCUAGAAAUUUAAUAAUAGAAUUAAGACCAGAAACUGCUCUUAAACUACUUCCAGGAUUACCAGCUUAUAUUUUGUUUAUGUGUACUCGAUAUCAUGAUUUCCAAAAAGAUGAAAAAAGAAUAGCAUCUUUCUUGACUACUGUUGUAAAAAAUCUCCAGAAAGUCAUGAAGAAACGUCAGCAUCAAGAUUCAAAAAUUUUAUGGCUUUCUAAUACUUUAAGACUUGUUCAUAUACUUAAACAAUAUAGCGGUGAACCUGCCUUUGCUAGUGAUAAUACUAGUAAACAAAACUCUCAGGUCUUACAAAAUUUUGAUUUAGCUGAUUACCGUCAAGUAUUUUGUGAUCAUGCUGUAUUGCUGUAUCAAGAAUUAAUACAUAAAAUGCAAGAAACUAUAAGACCAAUGAUUGUGCCAGCCGUUUUAGAACAUGAUUCACUUGGUAUUGAUUCUGUUCGUAAUGUCAAACGUAGUUUUGGUUCACUAAAAUCAAAUUCACUUCAAUCUCCACCUAGUCCAACUACAAAUACUCUGGAAAAUGAAUUAAAUUCCAUGUAUAGCCAACUUAUGGCCCACGAAAUAGAUAUCGAAGUCAUUGUUCAAAUAUUUAAACAGCUGUACUAUUAUAUUUGUGCUAAUGCAUUAAAUAAUCUUUUAUUACGAAAAGAUUUAAGUUACUGGGCUAAAGGAAUGUCAAUUCGAUUUAAUUUAUCACAUCUUGAGCAAUGGAUUAGAGAUAAAAUCUCACAUCCUCAAGAAGUGGUUAAUACAUUAUUACCCAUUAUACAAGCAUCACAACUAUUGCAAGCUAGAAAGACAGACGAUGAUGUUAGUAGCAUUUGUGAAAUGUGUGACAAAAUGAAUGCUAAUCAAAUUGUUAAGCUUCUUACUUCAUUUAAACCUACUGAUGACUGUGAAGAUCGCAUAUCUAUGGAUUUUAUAAGAAGAGUAAAAGAUAAAUUAGAAGAACGACCUGAAUGUCAAGAUAAAGAAAAAUUAUUAAUGGACACUAAAUAUGAGUAUCCCAUUACAUUCCCUUUUCAUCCAUCUAAUAUACGUCUUGAAGAUAUAGAUGUACCAGAAAUUUUAAAUUUACCAAUGUUGAAAAAAAUGUAGUUCUUAUCAUUUUUCAUUCAAUUAUUACAUAAAAUAUUUAUUAUUGUUGAUUAUAAAAAAUUAUAUAGUUUAUCAUUCCAAUAUACUUUUUUUAUGUAUUGAAUUAUAUAAUGAAAUGGUUGGAUGUAUUUAUUAAAAUUAAAAAAUAAAAUAAUAAAGGCUGUGAAAAUUGUUUUAUCAGAUAAAUGUAUGU